AUGGGUAUGUCUGAACCCACCCAUCUGGAGUUAUUGGUCAUAGGUAAGUGUAAAUCAAGAUCCCUUGAUCUUGAUGAAGCUCUGGGUUUUUUCAUUUCCAUGAUUUCAGUGAGACCCUUGCUCUCAAUUGUGUCUUUCAGUCAUCUUCUUGGAACACUCUCCAAGAUAAAACACCAUGCACUCGUCGUUUCCAUGUGUAAACAGAUGAUGGGCUGUAGAGAAUUGCAAGUUGAUAUCCUUGCAGCGAACAUUUGGAUCCGUUGUUUGUGCAAUUUGAAGAAAGUGGACUUAGGUUUCUCUGUGUGUGCUAUUAUUAUAAAACUUGGUCUUCAGCCUGACCCUUAUACCAUGAGUGCUCUGCUUCUUGGACUGAUUGAUGAGGGUAAGAUUAAAGAGGCAAUGGAGUUGUUUUGGAAAAUAUUGAAUAACUGUUAUCCCUGUAAUCAGUACACUUAUGCUAUUAUUAUCAGGGGACUUUGCAACUCUGGGAAUAGUCGUUUUGCAGUUGUUUUGCUGAUAGAGAUGUAUGUAAAUGGAAGCUUUGAACCUGAUGCGAUAUGCUAUAGUACAAUUAUUGAUGGAUUUUGUAAAGAGAAACAAAUGAAUAAAGCUUUGAUUAUCUUCCAAGAUAUGUUAGAUAAGAGAAUUGAGCCAAAUGUUGUUACUUUUAGUUCGUUAGUUAAUGGGCUUUGCAACGUUGGCUGUUGGGAUGAAGCAAAACGAUUAUUAGCUGCCAUGUUUAACAAGGGGAUUUCUGCUAAUGCGUAUAUCUUUAAUACUCUUAUUGUUCCUCUUUGCAAGGAUGGGAAGAUCCAAGAAGCAAUAUCUCUAUUCGAUUUAAUUACCCAAAGAGGCAUAAAGCCAAAUGUAGUCACUUAUACUAUGCUAAUCCAUGCGUUAUGCAAGUUUGGCGACUGGAAACUGGCCAUAAAAUUCAAUGUUGUAACUUUUAGUUCCAUGAUAGAUGUUUUAUGCAAGGAGGGGAAGUUAUCAAAGGUGAUUCAAAUUCUGGAACUAAUGACUCGUACAGGGGUUCAACCAACAGUCAUCACCUAUAAUUCUUUAAUUUGUGGAUUUUGUCAUUCUAGUCGAUGGGAAGAAGCAACAAGCUUGCUCGAUAGAAUGAUGAAUGAAGGAGUUCAUCUUGAUGUUGUGACUUUCAGUUCUUUAAUACAAGCUUUAUGCCAGGAAAAGAGGACCGAAGAAGCCAUUACCAUGUUGGAACUGAUGAGUCCGAGAAAUGUAAAACCGGAUAUUGUCAACUACAGUUGUUUAAUACAUAGAUUGUGCAGUUCAGGUAAAUGGAUAGAAAUUGAAGGAAUCCAUCCUGAUGUUGUGACUUUCAGUUCUUUAAUCGAUGUUUUAUGCAAGGAAAAGAGAGCAGAAGAAGCCAUUACCUUAUUGGAAGUAAUGAGUCAAAGAAAUGUAAAACCUGACAUUGUCACCUACAGUUGUUUAAUACAUGGAUUGUGCAAUUCAAAUAAAUGGACAUAAGCAACA